AUGGAGGGAAACGCGCACCUCCUCCAGGUCAUCCGCAAGAUGCGUUCCCAAAUCAACAAGCUGGAAAGGGAAAACAGGGCCCUGAGAGGAGAGCUGCAGGUCUGCGGGCAGAGAGCUGUGCCACCGGAGAGAGAGGCAGCAAGAGGAGGCGGGAACGGCGACGUGAGGAGCCUCGCCAAUGACGGGGAAGGACCAGCUGGCUCUCCAGCAUCCCUGCAUGGAAGCAUCGUGGCCAGUCCUGCUCCGGCACCAAAGGAGCAGACAGAUACCACCAUGACCGUGCGGCGCUACUCCGCCGCUUCACCAGCGCCCGCUCCUUCCAGCGCGAGGGGUAAAGUAAAGGCCGUUAGUUUCCUCUUACCAAUGGAUAUGUCAUCAUAUGCUGAAAAGCAAGGUUCCCUCAAAAGCCCACAAAAUCAGAGCACAAAACAGUUAACCACCAUCGCUGAAAAGGAUAUGUGA